UGCAUUGGCCUCAAAUCUCUACCACCAAUCUAUGAUCCAGUACCCACCAAAAAAAGAUCCCAAUUUUUUUUUCUCAUACUAACACCAUUCACAACCCCAUAAAACAUCACACAUUGCUUCUCUUUAUCUCUUCUUGUUGUUCUUCUUCUUCUUCCCCUCUAACACAAAACCAUGGCUGCAGCUGUAACUGCUGCUGUUUCAUUCCCCUCCUCCAAGUCCUCAACUCUCCCCACCAGAACCUCCCUUAUCUGUCCUGAAAGAAUCACCCUCAAGAAGGUUUAUAGAGAAGCUUCUGCUGGUGGGAGAGUGGUUUCUGUCAGAGCCCAAGUCACCACCACUGAGGCUGCUCCACCUGCCAAGGCUGUGAAGCAUUCCAAGAAGCAAGAGGAAGGUGUGGUUGUGAACAAGUUCAAGCCCAAGAACCCUUACGUUGGCAGAGUCCUCCUCAACACUAAGAUCACUGCUGAUGAUGCACCUGGUGAGACCUGGCACAUGGUCUUCAGCACUGAUGGAGAGAUGCCCUACAGAGAAGGACAGUCUAUUGGAGUGAUUCCAGAUGGUAUUGACCCUAGGAAUGGCAAGCCUCACAAGCUCAGGCUGUACUCAAUUGCCAGUAGUGCCCUUGGUGACUUUGGUGACUCCAAAACCGUGAGCAUUUCUCUUUUCCCUCCAAAUUUUUCACUUUUGGGUGUGAUUGCCUCCAUUCAGGUUUCUCUCUGUGUGAAAAGGCUUGUGUACACCAAUGACGCAGGCGAAACCGUUAAAGGGGUGUGCUCAAACUUUUUGUGUGACUUGAAGCCAGGGAGUGAAGUGACCAUGACAGGACCAGUUGGCAAAGAAAUGCUUAUGCCAAAAGAUCCUAAUGCAACCGUCAUCAUGCUUGCAACUGGUACUGGAAUUGCUCCUUUCAGAUCAUUCUUGUGGAAAAUGUUCUUUGAGAAGCAUGAAGACUACAAGUUUGAAGGUUUGGCUUGGCUCUUCUUGGGUGUUCCCACCAGUAGCUCACUGCUUUACAAGGAGGAAUUUGAGAAGAUGAAAGAGAAGACCCCCGAUAACUUCAGGCUUGACUUCGCUGUCAGCAGAGAGCAAACCAACGAGAAGGGCGAGAAAAUGUACAUUCAAACCAGAAUGGCUCAGUAUGCAGAAGAGCUAUGGGAGUUACUCAAGAAGGACAACACCUACGUCUACAUGUGCGGUCUCAAGGGAAUGGAGAAGGGAAUUGAUGACAUCAUGGUGUCAUUGGCUGCCAAAGACGGCAUUGACUGGCUAGAUUACAAAAAGCAGUUGAAGAAAGCAGAGCAAUGGAAUGUGGAAGUCUACUAAUUUCUGGUCACACUGUACAAAUAUCUCUCCCUUUUUUACUAUAAACAAGUCAUUCUUGAAUGAUUCCCACUGCAGUAUGUAGAUAGGUAACGUAAUCGCAAUUUUUCUGCUAUAUUUUUUUUUCCCUUUUGAUGAAGCAGCUGUAUUAUCAUGCCUCAACAUGAAUUUUAUUUCUGCGGGUCACGAAUCAUACACUAAUAGAAGCUUGUUUCGACUUUUUCAUA